ACGCGGCUCCCGCUGUACGCCGAAAGCGCCUGCGCACUACAAUACCCAGCAUUCCGCGCGUCAGUAGUAAACAUAGAGCUGUCAAACAACUUCGACGCCAUUUCGAUAUCGGCCUUAAAAUGGCAGUAAAAUGCAGCUCGCGUAUUUUGACUCUCUAAAUCCGAAGCGACACGCGCCUCUCUCGCUUACCAACGAGCGUUAACGGACGUUUACAUGACGUCAGAUGGUGAGAAGAUGGAUAUAAGCACGGCGGUGUUUAACGCGGCGAGAGACGGAAAGCUGAAACUCAUCCAGAAGUUGCUGAGCAACAAAAGUCCGGAGGAGCUGGAGGCGCUGGCGGAGGAGAAGACUCAGGGUGGUACGCCGCUCCUCAUCGCCUCCCGUUACGGACAUCUGGAGGUGGUGGACUACCUGCUGGAGCACUGCAAAGCUAACGUGGAGCUCGGCGGCUCGGUGAACUUUGACGGCGAGACGAUCGAGGGCGCUCCGCCGCUGUGGGCGGCGUCUGCCGCGGGGCACCUGGCCGUGGUGAAGACCCUUCUGAAACACGGAGCUUCCGUCAACACCACCACCCUGACAAACUCCACGCCUCUUCGCGCCGCGUGCUUUGACGGCCACCUGGAGAUCGUCCGGUACCUGGUGGAGCACCAGGCGGACAUGGAGGUGGCGAACCGUCACGGCCAUACAUGCCUGAUGAUAUCGUGCUACAAGGGCCACAGGGACAUUGCCAAGUUCCUGCUGGAGCGUGGUGCAGAUGUCAACCGCAAGAGCGUAAAGGGUAACACCGCCCUGCACGACUGCGCCGAGUCUGGGAGUCUGGAGAUCAUGAAGAUGCUGCUGAAGUGUAACGCCCGCAUGGAGAGGGACGGCUACGGCAUGACCCCUCUUCUCGCUGCCAGUGUCACCGGCCACACCAACAUCGUGGAGUAUUUGGUGCACCAACCGCGCAGCACCCGAGAGGAGCGUGUCGACGCUCUGGAGCUCCUUGGAGCCACAUUCGUAGACAAAAAACGUGACCUGCUGGGUGCCAUGCGCUACUGGCGGAGGGCGAUGGAACUUCGCAGAGCAGGCGAGAAAGCUGGAUUACUGGCCAAGCCCCCUCCAGGUCCACCAGUGCUGGCGUAUGACUGCGCCCGGGAGGUGUGCACGGUCGAAGAGCUGGAGGCGCUCAUCACUGACCCCGACGAGAUGAGGAUGCAGGCGCUGCUCGUGAGGGAGCGCAUCCUCGGGCCGUCCCACCCCGACACAUCCUACUACAUUCGCUACCGGGGCGCCGUCUACGCCGACUCGGGCAACUUCGAGCGCUGCAUCAGCCUAUGGAAGUACGCCCUGGAUAUGCAGCAAAGCAACCUGGAUCCCCUGAGCCCCAUGACCGCAAGCAGCUUCCUGUCCUUUGCUGAACUCUUUUCUUUCGUGCUGCAGGACAGGGCCAAGGGCACCCUGGCCACCCGCGUCACCUUCCAGGACCUGAUGGGGGUGCUUGCCAAGAGCGUGCGCGAGGUGGAGCGUGCCGUGGCGCAGCGGGACAGUCCUCCAGAGGCGCCACAGUUCACCAAAGCCCUGGCCAUAAUCCUGCACCUCGUCUUCCUGCUGGAGAAGCUUGACUGCGCCCCGGAACAAGAGCACCAAAAGCGACAGACCGUCUACCGGCUGCUAAAGCUCAACCCCAGGGCGAGAAACGGCUAUUCGCCUUUACACAUGGCCGUGGACAAGGAAACCACGUCGGUGGGGCGUUACCCGGUUGGACGGUUCCCGUCGCUGGCCGUGACCCGGCUUUUGCUGGAGUGUGGGGCUGACGUGGACUCCCGAGACUGCGAAAACAACACACCGCUACACGUGGCUGCCGCCAACGGCUUCCCCGACAUCAUGGGGACGCUCGUCCGGGCCGGGGCGCAUUUCGACGCCACCAACGCUCACCACAAGACGGCCUACGAGCUGCUGGACGAGCAGAGCGGUGGACGACACGCUUUGCACCCGCUCAAUUACAUCACCCUGCAGUGUCUAGCGGCCCGUGCCAUAGAAAAACACAGACUUCCCUACAAGGGGCUCAUCUCAGAAGAAAUGGAGGCGUUUAUUGAGCAGCACUGACACCCCGUAUGACGCAGAGCUACCUCCUCCUUACGAGAACUGGCCAACCCUAAUGCUCGGGCCAAGUGUUAAAGCAAUAAUCCCAGGUUACUAAUUACUAUACAACUGGAUCUCUGUCCCUUAACCUCUGUAACCUGGUGGUGUGCACCUCACCAAAACCCUCUCUGUCAAUGUUUAAGGGCUUGUGGGAAAAUGACCUAAAGAGAAACUGAAUGCUAGUUGGACUUUUGCUGUGAUCUCCUUUAUUCUGUAUUGAUCCAUUGAACAAUUUUGUCAAUUUUUGUUUGCCCGUGUUGUGUUAUUAUUAUUUUUUGAUUGAAGAAGUGAUGAUGAUCUGUUUUUUUUCAAAGGGACAAAUGCUACAACAGAAUCAAUCUCCCAGUUUGAAUCUCUCUUAUCAAAUGUUUUUUUCCCACUUUACGAUCCCGGCGAAGGAGCCUGAAACCCAUGGUGCCAAACGCUAGCCUUACACUAUCAUCUUUUUCUAACAUUGUGGCUUUGAAUGUUUGUGUCUGUGGUUAUAAUGUAUUUUUAUUGUAUGAAUGACAGAGCUGUUGUGUUAUACGCUCACAGUCUGGAGGUUGAACGCACUCGGUGGUUUCGAUCCUUCGGGGAUUGACUGUAAUAUUAACUUGGCACUUUACCCCUGUAUAUGAGAACAGCUAUUUUUAAAUCUCUGACGUUACAUUGAUAUCUAUGCAGUUUAUUAACCGAGGUGGAUUUAGAGGGACAGAUUUGGCAACCCAGGUAUUUUUUGCAGGGUGUACAUUGAAAGCUUAUGCAUUUUAGUCUUAUUCUAGUUGCCUUUUAAAUUAUUUUUCUUCAUAUCAUAUGGGCUGAAAUGUUUGGAGUUUCUGUCAUGAAAGCACUUUGAAAAUGAUAACACUUUAAAACCAGAGACUACAACUCAUUUGGUUAAUUUAAGACAGGACAAAAUGUGUUUGGUGAUGCCUGAAUAAAAAUCAAGUGUCCCAUC